AUGUCAUAUCUGAAGCUGAUCCCGAUUUCUCAGAUUCCCCGCCACUGCCGAUGGCAAGAGCUCAAGGACAUGACCAGAAGUCUGGGAGGUGAACAGAGCCUGAAAGCUGAAGUCUUCGACGUUGGAAACGGAACACAGAUGGGGCAUUGCACCAUCAAGGGUAGGUCUGAUGCCAUCAAGGUCUAUGAGAACCUCUGCACUCAGGGCUGGAACGGCUAUCGUGUCCGUGUCAAAUUGGUCGCCCUGGAGAAGGACGGGACUCUGAGAAGAGUCGAAGGACCAAAGGAAAGUAAUGGGGUCGUCGCCUCUGAAAGACCAGCCGGGCUUUCUCACCCAACACUACUAGGCCCUGCUGUGACAACACGAUCUUCAGCAGACCCUCUUUACGCUUCCUCCGCCCAUCCAACACCAUCCAUGAGCUACAACUCACAGUUUGCAACGAUGGCCUCUUGGCCUGCUCAGCCAGGGGUGCCUACUCUCGAUCCCACCAGAGCUCUAACUACUCCAUCAUACCCAUCUGGGGUGUGUGUCCCUCGACAUUCGUACCUGGCCCCAUCGACUCUCGCAAGCACCAUCCCCCCUACAACCCAGUACAGCACUCGCUUCACUAGCGACUCUGUACAGCAUCCAUCUUCGCCUACUACAGCUCUCCCUGUCGGUCGUGUUAAUGACGGCAGCAAGAUCUUCAUCUCCGGCUUACCCUAUUAUCAAUCUGAGAGUGAGCUGCGCAGUCUCCUCAAACGUUACGGCCACGUUAUCUACCUUGAGAUCCACCCUGACAGCCGCAAUCCGGGUAAGAACAAGGGUACUGCUCGGGCACGAUACAAAACUUCAUCCGAAGCCCUCAGUGCUGUCCACGACCUCGACGGUAGAUACCUUUCCAAUCGCAAGAUCAGCGUCAAACAAGAGAAAGAGGAGCCUUCGAUGACAACGACGACUAAGAGUUCGACUUUAGGCUCAUCGAGAAUGCCGUUGCAGGAGACGAAGAACGAAAGCAGCUCAUCGAAGCAAAAGAAGAGCGUGGCAUUAUCUUCUAAAGCCACCAGCUCGAAGUCCAGACAACUUGCCUCUGCGCCGUUGAAAGAGUCGGCGAGUGGACCGUCUCGGGCUAACAGGGACAGAUCAGGAUACAGCAGUGGCUCGACAUCACCAACUGGCCCACUUGUCGUCAAUGGUGCGAGUCGUUCGUCAACUCGACGAGGUAGCUGGGGUGAGGAAUCUACAGAGGAUAGUGAUGAUAGUAGUGAGGAUACUGAUGAAAGUGACGAGGGCGCUUUUCUGGGUGACGACGAGGGUGAUAGCGUGCAAGAGGCGAGAGGCAUGCACCACCGAGGCAGGCUCUGA